UUUUUGGCCAUGCUUGUGCGUUUUUUAGUUGUGAUUUUGUUACUUUGAUUGAAUUGUUAUAUUUUAGGUGUAUUUUUUCUCUCAUCAUGUACAAGAGUGGAUUUAUUAAAGUAAGUGCACCUACAAAGGAUGUACCGAUCAAAGUUUAUUGAGAAAUACACAAAAUAAAUUACAUAUUAUAUAGCCGGUUAAACUAUGCCAUAAUUUUUACUUUUUUUUGUUUAGCUUGACAAAAAAAACAAAGAAUCCGAACCUGAAGUAAAAAAAAAAACAAAAACACGCAGUGAAAAGGGUGUUGUGUUUAUUUCUCAUAUUCCCCAUGGUUUCUAUGAGAAAGAAAUGAAAAGUUAUUUUUCACAAUUUGGUAAAGUUACGAAUGUUCAUAUUCCUAAAAGCAAGGUAAUUUAAAAAUAAAUAUGUUUUAGAUUUUCAUCUAGUUAUUCUAGUAGAUUAAAGAAUAUACAAUUAAUAUUAUAUAUUUGAAAAUAAAUAAAUUCAACUGACAAUUAGAUAAAUUUAAAUACCUAGGUAAUAGGUUGGUAAUAAUACAUUUUAAAUUACAGAAAAAUGGUAAAGCAAAAGGAUUUGGAUUUAUUGAAUUUUUGUAUCCAGAAGUUGCCAAGAUAGUAGCAGAGACAAUGAAUAACUAUUUAAUGCAUAAGAAAAUUCUAAAAAGUAGACAAAUCAAUGUUCUAAUACCAAUUAUAUUAACUAUAAUUUAUAAUUGUAUUUAAACAAUCCAUAUUUUUUAGCUAAGUAUCUUGCUCCAAAUGAAGUGAAAAAGAAUACAUUUUGGCGUAAAAAUAGAAGCACUGUUCCUUUAACAAUACAAAAUAGAAUAAAACAAAGGAAACUCUUAAAUACCCCAUUAGAUCCUGAACAAGAAGUAGAAGAAAAAGCUAAAUUAUCUAAACGCGAGGCACUUUUUAAAGAAAAAAUAAAAAGCAAAGGGCUUGAUUAUGAAUUUCAAGUUAGAUGAUAUUUAUUAAAAUAUAAGAGAUUUUGUUUUUUAAAAUAUUUAUAUUUUUUAUAGUUAUACAAACCAAAAUCGUUGGAGUGUGAAACUAAAGACAAUGAUGAAAAUAAGACAUCUGGUUUGGAUUCAGCUACAGAUACAAAAUUUAAAAGUGAAAAGGAUAAAAAAAUAAUUCUUCCAAAAAUAAAAAAAGUUAAAGGUCUAAAAAAAGUAAUAAAAUCAUAAUUAAUCAUUAUAAUAUAUCAUAUUUGUUUUAAUAAAAUUGUAUAGUAAUACUUUUGAUUUACAAAUCUAUAGUCUUGUUUUUAUAAGUUAUCUUGUUAUCUUAGCAUGAAUGAUAUGACAAUAUUAUUGGUGAACAAAACACAUUUUAAUCUUAAGUGCUAAUAAAAAUAUUUGUUUUUAAUUUCUUACUAUACGAAUAAAUUAGUACACUUAUGAUAUUAAUAUUUUAGAACAUUCAAAUUAUAGUAUUAGAAAGACUGACAUACUUAUCACAAUUUGUGGGCCACUGUUGUAGAUGAGAAAUUGAGAAGGUAGAUAUUAUAUAAAGAUAAAUUUAAUUAAUAUCUGUACAUGAUGAUAUAUUAUUACUAACGAAAAACAAUUAGAACCAAAGUUAUACAUAUUUUGAAAGGGCGUAAUAUUUACAAUAUUCGUCAAAAUUUGAAUUGAAAUUCUUUAUUAAAUUUAUUUUUUUUUUCACAAAGAUAGUACCUACCAAAUAAAAACUAUAAAAUAACUCAAAUAUAACUCCUGGUCACCAACUAAAUUAAAAAUUCAAUUAAUAAGAUCUUUGUUGUUUUUCUAUUAUAAAAAUAUUUCUGGUGGAAAUCAGAAAGAAAGCAUACAAAUUUAAAAUAAUGAAAUUCUUCUGCUGUAAUUUGAAACAAUCGUAUUUUUUGUCAUGUUUAGUUUCAUCCAAUUAUUAUGAAAACUGUUUUAGAUUUUAAAAAAAUUACUGUCAGUAGAUGUAUGUAAAAAGAACAGAAUCAAUCUCCUGUAAUUUUUCAACAGAAGUAUUAUUUCUGGACAAAAUAAAAUGAGUUUCAAAAAUUAAAAACAGUGAAAGCCGUAACACUGUAAAUCUUUGCCAUUUUACCUAUAAUUUUCUUUCGGGAUUUUCACAACUACUUCAAAACCCUCUUGAAAAAUCAUAAAAUGACCUUUUUGCUACACUUAAAACAUCAGAGCAAGAUUUCUGGUAGAAAGUUGUUCAUAGUAUGAAAAAAAAAAAAAAAAUUGUAAAACCAAUAUAUUCCUUGCUACAGUCUGAAUCUAAAAUUAAUUGUUGUAAUGUAUCUGGUUUCAUUGACAUAUUUUAAUUUUUCAUAAAAUAUAAUACAAUGAAUAUAAUAAUAGAGAAAUAAUGAUGUGUACGUAUUUGCUUAUCUAUUUCAAUUGUAUGAUUGUAAGACACACAAAAGUGGAAAUGUUUUAUCAUUUUAGGGUAAAGUAAUAAAUAAAAAGUUCAGAAAUUUUCAAUAAGUUUAGUUAUCUAAAACCAACCAGUAAUAUUGUAUUGUUAUUUAGGUAAUUAUUUUUAUUUUAUUUUUUUAUAUUCACGGUCAAAUACUUCUUUUACAAAAUUUAAUUACUAUUGUAAUAUUUUUGACAUAUAUUUAAUAUAUUUUAUCACAAUUAAUAUUAAUAUAAUUAUUUUAUUAAUUCUAGUCUGAAAUUUAAAUAUGCUGCAAGGAAAUAAAAAAAAUCUUAUUGGUCAAAACAAAAGCUCUAAAAAUUAAUGUAUGAUUUCCACUAUUUGUGUUAUAAUUAGGAAUAACAAAUAGAUUUAAGUUCCUUGUGUUUCUAAGUGGUAUACCAAAAUCAAUUUCAGAUAAUAACUCAGGACAGUCUAUGAGCUUGAUUAAAAUAUCGUAAACUAAAAUAAUAUUUAUUAAUUUACGUCUUGUACUUUGUGACUCUAGGCUCAAGAAGUUAUCAACAACAUUAAUGGUAGCUCUGAUGAUAUAGAUAUCAGAAACAUAGGCAAUUCUUUUCGAAAACUUAUAUUAGACAUUAUCAAGAUCCUUUAUAUAUUUUAAGUAGUUACAAGACCGAAUUCAAGGUUAGAUCCUACUAAUGACAAAUAUAUACAAUGUUUUAUGUAAAUAUGAUUUUUUAACUUUUGUAUUUUUAUUAAUAAAAACUAGC